UUUCUUAACUAUGAUAUUGAUUACCACUUUAAAUAUACUCAGGACUAUGAACCUUAGUAAAGGGGCAUUCAUCGAAAGAAUAAUAAUAAUAAUAAUUGAACAUAUUUCAUUGUUUCACACCAUAACUCAUUCUUUAGAUUGUUGAACUAUUCACUUCUAGCUUUGAUACCCAAAUCGAUGUCAAACUUGUAUUUCCCGCCCCAAUCAGCAACUUUCUCUUCAUCUACAAUUUGAAGUUGUGGGGAUUACUGACGAGUAAUCGGAGUAGUGGGUCGGGCUGUUGCAGUAUGAGCGACGGAGAAAAGAAUGAAAACGAUGAGUAUAUGAAGAAAAAUACUGACUUUCGUCGGAAAAAGAAACCCACGACGGAACGGAAACGCCGGGGCCGAAGUCCGUCUAAAAGUGAAGCAGUUGUUGACAUUGAAGAUAUUAUGUUCAGCAUAGACAAUGUUCAAACAAUCAGGGCAUCGCUAUUGGAUUGGUACGACCGUAGCCGCAGGGACCUUCCAUGGAGGAGCUUGGACAAAGGGGAACCUGAAACACGGGCUUACGGUGUGUGGGUUUCAGAAAUAAUGCUGCAGCAGACCAGAGUUCAGACCGUCGUCCAAUUUUACAACCGUUGGAUGCUUAAAUGGCCUACCGUUCAACAUCUCUCUCGUGCUUCUCUUGAGGAGGUGAAUGAAAUGUGGGCAGGCUUGGGGUAUUAUAGACGAGCUCGUUUUCUUUUUGAGGGUGCAAAGAUGAUAGUCAAAGAAGGUGGUAGGUUUCCUAGAACAGUUUCUUCCCUGCGAAAAAUUCCAGGAAUUGGAGAAUACACAGCAGGGGCUAUUGCCUCUAUAGCGUUCGGUGAAGUGGUGCCUGUGGUCGAUGGUAAUGUGAUAAGGGUAAUUGCUCGAUUAAAGGCUAUUUCAGGAAACCCAAAAGACCCAAAGUUGAUCAAGCAAGUUUGGAAGGCAGCUGCUCAAUUAGUUGAUCUUUCCAGGCCUGGGGAUUUCAAUCAGGCACUCAUGGAACUUGGUGCAACUUUAUGCACUCCAACAAACCCAAGCUGCUCAACAUGCCCCGUGUUUGAUCACUGUGAGGCCCUUUCAAUCUCAAAGCAUGAUAGUUCAGUUCUUGUCACAGAUUAUCCCGCUAAGGGGAUAAAGAUCAAACAAAGACAUGAUUACUCUGCUGUAUGUGUGGUUGAGAUAUUGGAAAGUCAGGGUACACCUGAGUUAGGGCAAUCUAGUAGAUUUCUUCUUGUAAAGAGGCCUGAUGAAGGUUUGCUUGCUGGUCUAUGGGAGUUUCCAUCUGUCUCGUUGGAUGGAGAAGCUGAUUUAAGCACCAGGAGAGAAUCCAUUAAUAGCCUCUUGAGCAAAAACUUUGGACUUGAAGCAAAAAAGAAUUUUGAAAUAGUUAAUAGAGAAGAUGUUGGAGAUUUUAUCCAUAUUUUCACACACAUCCGUCUCAAGAUAUAUGUUGAGCACUUGGUGUUAUGUUUAAAAGGUGAAGGUAGCAAGUUGUUUCGGAAACAGGAGAAGAAAUCUAUAUUAUGGAAAUGUGUAGAGAACAAGGUUAUGUCAACAAUGGGCUUGACGUCCAGUGUGAGGAAGGCCUAUGCCAUGGUCGAGAAAUUUCAGGCAGGGAAGACAUCUUCUAGUUCUAACUGUGCACUACCCAGAAAGAAACAGAAAUCUUGAACUGCAGGAGCUCUCGACAUUUACAUAAGUUUAUUUGAUGCCCUUUCCAUUUAUAGAUUGUUUUUUAGGGGGGACAACAACUAGAGAAUGGAGGAGCGAACUUUGAUAUGUAGAGAGGAAGGUAACCUCAAUUAUCAGUGAGCUAAGUUUGCUUUAACAGUCACGUUUCGGUUUUUCCAUGAUAAUGUGAGGACAAAAAGUUCAAGAAUGUAUUCAUCCAGAAUCCUUGUAAACCAAAAUAUUUGAAUUCUCUGGACUUUGGUUCUAACAAUUCGAUAAAACUAAUAGGCAAAGUAUAUCUAGGCUGUCAGUGGCUAUAUAAGGGCGCCCAUGGAGUUUCAUAAUUGAAGAACUUGGAAUAUUGUUCAAAUGGAAUCAUAGAAGAAAACUUGGAACUUCAUCCUUUUUUGUUUUAAAUAAUGGAGUUGGGUUCCGAUGAGCAAAUGAAAGAUUUAUCCCCCAUGCCAGUGGAAAAAGACAGAAGGAAGAAGGGUAUCAGAAGCAAAUGUCUUUUAUAGUCAUUCAACAGACAAAGCUUACAUGUAUGAGGUUGUUUAUAGUAAAGAAAAUAGUGUUCAGCAAACAUGUAGGAUAUUAGAAUUUAUAUAGUUAAUGUCUUGGUUUGAACUUUUUAUUUCUUGAGUACAACCGUGGGGUUUAAGAUUGAACAUCGAACCUCUCCGAAAGGAAGUUAUGCCAAUAUCAUUGAGCCAAGUUUACUUUGACCA